UAGUGUGAGUCUGAUCAUUUUUUCCAUUGGGCGGCAGUACGUCUAUCUUUAAACUUGAGAACUGCAUUGCCUACCGGUCCACAUAGUGACUGCGGUCUAGCGAGGGCAGGGGAAUGAAUCUGGUGUCUGGAAAUGCACCACUAGAUGCAAAUUAACUGCAAGGCAAAUAGUAUUCAGACCUGUAUGUAUAGUUUCAUAUUUGGACUGUAUGCACAUCUGUUUUCUUCAUCCACGGAAUUUUCCCCCCGGUGCGUCUGUUGGUGCACGAGGACUCUGCGCGGGCUCUUGGACUUGGAGGACGGAUCCAUCAAACUCGGAUUGUGAGUGUUCGCAUAGCGGUACACUGAAGGAAAACCUAAUCGGAUGUGGUAUUACAGAAUACUUGUGAAAUAUAGCCUACAUUAUAGAUAGCUCUCUGCCGCGCUGCAGCCUGUGAGGACCGCACGAGUUUUUUUGGGUGGAGAAAUUGUGUGUUUCGCAGCGGAGAGGUUUGGGGGACUAUUUAUAACCAAGGAUCGGCAGUCUGGAAUGUUUGAUUUUCUCCUUCAUUAUAUGUCAACCUUUUUCUCCUAUCAGAGUAGAUUUCCCCACCGCCGCGGGUCUUAAUGUUAUUUUCAAAUUGACCCUCUGCACCUUUUUUUAUUCGGCACUGAAAAAAGCAUAUGAUAUGCAUAUGUUCUUUGGAUUAGACCCCGCUGUGGACAAUUUGGCUUUUGCGUGAAUGGGAUAUCUGUGUAUUAGACAUAUUGUUCAACGACCUUUGUAUAAGGAGACGAGGCGUGUUAUUAGCAUUACCCUACACCGGCAUUGUGAUGGUGAGCUUUUAUGAUCGGAACUGACAGCGGAAUAGGAUCAUUUUGGAAACUGCUUGUGGGACACUUGGCCAGGUGAAAAAUGAAAGCUCCCAUCACACUCCAGAUUCUUCUCUAUGCUGCUGUGGUCCGAGGUUUCAAAACAGUGUCCAAGAGAGGCUCAGUGGACGACUGCACGGAUUGGUCAGUGGACUACUUGAAAUACAAAGUGCUUUUGGGGGAACCGGUGCGGAUUAAAUGUGCUUUAUUCUAUGGAUACAUCAGAGCGAACUACACCCACUCCCAGAGUGUGGGACUAAGCCUUAUGUGGUAUAAAAGUACAGGACACGGAGACUUUGAGGAGCCUAUCUCUUUCGACGGCAUCAGAAUGAACAAGGAGGAGGACGCUAUCUGGUUUAGACCCACCGAGCUCCAAGACGUUGGACACUAUUCCUGUGUAUUGAGGAAUUCCACAUAUUGUAUGAAAGUGUCCAUGUCACUGACAGUGGCGGAGAACGACACAGACCUCUGCUACAACUCCAAAAUGAGGUACUUCGAGAAGGCAGAGUUAAGCAAAAGUAAAGAUAUCACCUGUCCGGACAUUGAGGAUUAUGUACAGCCGGGGAAGGAGCCAGAGAUAGUAUGGUACAAGGAAUGCAAGCCAAAGCAGUGGAGACAAAGCAUUGUAAGGAGAAGAGAUACUCUCUCUAUCCGGGAGGUGCGUGAAGAUGACAUUGGAAAUUACACGUGUGAAUUACAGUUUGGCAGCUUCGUGGUGAGAAGAACUACAGAACUAUCUGUUACAGCCCCUCUGACAGACAAGCCUCCAAAGAUCCUGUUCCCCUCAGAAAGCAAACUCAGCAUCCUGGAGCUGCAGUUAGGAAGUCAAGUCAACCUGACGUGCCGAGCGUUCUUCGGCUUCGCCGGGGAGGUCAGUCCGCUCAUCUACUGGAUGAAGGGAGAGAAGUUCAUCGAAGACCUGGACGUGGAGAGGUUCAGAGAGAGUGACAUCAAGCUUAUCCGGGAGCACCUGGGAGAGCAGGAGGUGUCGAUCACCCUGACCAUUGACUCGGUGGAAGAGGCUGAUCUGGGGAACUACUCCUGCUUCGUGGAGAAUGGCAACGGCAGACGGCAGGCUAACAUCCAGCUCACAAAAAGAGCAGAGCUUAUGUACACAGUGGAGCUGGCGGGAGGCUUGGGGGCCAUCUUGUUGUUGUUGAUCUGCCUCGUGACCCUCUACAAGUGCUACAAGAUGGAGCUCAUGCUCUUCUACAGGAACCAUUUUGGCAGCGAGGACAUCGACGGAGAUAAUAAGGACUAUGAUGCCUAUCUGUCAUACACCAAAGUGGACCCGGACCAGUGGAGUCAGGAGACGCGUGAGGAGGAACGCUUCGCCCUGGAGAUCCUACCCGACGUCCUGGAGAGGCAUUAUGGGUAUAAACUGUUCAUUCCAGACAGGGACUUGAUCCCAACCGGAAGUUUCACCAAUGAUCAUUUCCAGGACGAUUCAAGACUCCUUAGAGCCUAUAUCGAGGACGUGGCGCGCUGUGUGGACCAAUCCAAGCGCCUCAUCAUCGUCAUGACACCCAAUUAUGUGGUGCGGCGGGGUUGGAGCAUCUUCGAGCUGGAGACCCGCCUCCGGAACAUGCUGGUCACCGGGGAGAUCAAGGUGAUUCUGAUUGAGUGUGCCGAGCUGCAUGGCAUCAUGAACUACCAGGAAGUGGAAGCGCUCAAACACACCAUCAAGAUGCUGACCGUCAUCAAGUGGCGUGGCCCCAAGAGCAACAAGCUCAGCUCCAACUUCUGGAAACACUUGCAGUACGAGAUGCCCUUCAAACACAUGGAGCCCAUCAUCAGCAAUGAGCAGGUGCUGGACGUCAGCGAGCAGGGCCCUUUCGGCGAGCUCCAGACCGUCUCCGCCAUCUCCAUGGCAGCCGCCACCUCCACCGCCAUGGCCACGGCUCACCCGGACUUGCGGAGCACCUUCCACAACUCCACUGUCAACUACCACACCCAGAUGAGGCAGCAGAAACAUUACUACCGCAGCUACGAGUACGACAUGGCCCCCGGCGGCAGCCUGCCUCCCCUCUCCACCCUGGGUAACCAGCACACCUACUGCAACAUCCCUAUGACUCUGAUCAACGGACAGAGGCCCCACGGCCAGGCCAGGACACCCAGAGAACAGAGCAUCGAGGAGGCACACGCCAAUAACGCCAUGCUACCGCUGCUGCCACGCGAGACCAGUAUAUCCAGUGUCAUCUGGUGACAGCACCAGGCUGGCAUAGGGACAGAUGGGAUAUAUUGUAUGUCGAGGGAGAACUAGCUGGCAGAGUGUG